CACAAAAAAAAACAUAAAAUUUAGUCUGAAAAAACAUUAGAGAAUGGCGACAACUGCUUUAGCUGAUUUUAGAGAAAUUGAGUGUGUUCGUUGGUUUCGCGGCUUGUCCGUAGAGCAGAUUAGAGCCUGUGAUAGAUUACUUAAUGCCCUAAGAGAUGACACGGAACAGGGAACGACAUAUCGGGUGCGUUUCUGUUUCAGUCAGCUUGGUCUCCAUCCACCGGUGCCAUCAAAGCGGCUAGAGGCAAUUAUGAAAAUAAGCCAUUGCAAUGACCUGGCCUUCUUGUGGUUCAUCUGGGAGGCGGAGUACAAGCAGCCGCGGAACAAGGGCAGCUCGAUGAACUCUAUGGAUGUCGACAAUGAGUUCUUCACAGUCAAUGAGCAGCUGUUGUUCUCGGCAAUGGCCCAUCUGGAUAUGGCGGCCACGUUAAGGGCAUUGGAUCGUAUAUUGCCGCCGCCUGCACACUCGAAGAAGAAAUUCAACCAUGAGCAAAACAAUCAUGUGUAUCUUGGAGAGAAGGAAUUUCGCAAUCAGACUUAUGGGAAAUCCCAGCCGUACCUAUCGCCUUACUUUGCUCCACUUGUGCGACCAAAACAAUUUGUGCCCAUGAGGAAGUUGGUGCCAGAAUUUGAAAAACUUGAAUUUCCCGAAUAUAGCCAUUAUAAGGAUCCCAUGUAUGAGAUACCCAACGAAAAGUCACGAUGGUUCUCACAAUACGAACUGUCGCCGGGCAAGCGAAUAAUCAAAAAAUUACUCACCCAAGAACUGGAUCGUCUGUUUUUCGAUGGCGAUUCCGUCUCCUCGGAGCCAGACAAUGCCCUUUGUAAUACACAUAGAUCAAUGGAAGGGGAAAUGGCUCUAAAGAAAAAGGAGUUAACCGACGAAGCAUUGCACAAGUGUCUGGCUCAAUUGGAUGUGGUUGGAUCUGAGAAGCAAGCGAGACGAAAACGUAUCAUCGAGUCCUUGGAAAAGGAGAUCCAAUGUGCAGCAGACAAAAUGCAUCAAUUCUCACGUCGCCAGUUUACACAAUUGACAAUGCUUCGCAGUGAUGGAAUAAAUUCAGAUUGCCGACUCUGUCAAUAUUUGGUAUCGUCACCCCCGCCCAAAAGAGGACGCAAGGCAGAUCUGUCUGUUCUAAUGCACGGAUACAUUGACCAGAUUGACCACCUCCUGCCGUCAAAAGAAGAGGACACACCUUAUGUGAAAGUUCUUGAGCUACGUGGUGAACGAAAAUCUCGCAGUUGCUGUGACAAAACAGAUUGUACAAUGGUCGAGACAGAGACUUUGGGGAGGAAUCCAGGGAAGAGCAGUCAAACUAGCUUAAUUAACAGAAGUCUUGCUGGCGGUGGUAAGGCAACAAAAGCUGAUCAUCGAAAGAAGCGAAAGACUAUUAAAAAGGCUUCGUUAGCUACCAAAAAACCAACAACUAAUUUUAAGAAUCUACAAGAUCUAAUACCAGCUUGCGGUCUUUGGAAGAAAUGUACCUAUCAAAAUUGUCACAAUGAUCAUCCGCAAGAGAGUUAUACUACCAACUGCAAAAGCGGUAUACAAUUGGAUUAUUUCAAAAUCUUCGAUCCACCAGAGUUGCCACCAUUGUCACCUCAGGAAAUGGACUGCGAUCUGGGUGAGUUCCGCAUAGAUAUUGAGGAUAAACAGCCCUUAAUCGAAAGAUAUUGUGUGGAUGCCCUCAAUAAGACAUUGAACGAUGAGGACGACGAGCAUCAGAAAUGGGAGAGUACACAGUCUUCGGAGAAUCCUAAGUAUCCUCUAUCCGUACUUAAUGCCAUUGAUAGGUGUGCAAUUAAUAUGUUUAAACAGGAGAAGGCAAUCAGGGAUAGGAUGCAAGAAACCGAAGUGAAAGUGACGGAAGUCAACUCUGAGAAUUUGCUGCACAUUACAAAUAUCGAUCCUGAUAAUAGAAAUGAAAUGGUUGAACUACUCAAGUCAGCCCUAAAGAUCCUACAGCGUGAUCCUCGAUAUGUUUUGGCCACGUUUUCGAAUGCCCACAAAUUGCCAAUACUGGUUGAUUGGGUAGCCAAUCGUUAUGGCAAGACUUACAAUCGCCGGGAAAUGGAGCAAAUAGUCAACUCGUCGUUCUCUGUCUGUGAACAACUCGAUCGGAUGAGACGUAAUCCAUUGGGAAAACUAAUACGCACCGAUAUCCGUGGAGUGGUCAGCUAUGACGGCCACGCACGAAUUAUGCACAAGGCCCACUGCAUGAAAAUGAAUUAUAAUCGACAACUCAAUGACAACGAGCUAGAGCACUCACGUCUCAUUUGGUUGGCUCUCCAUGGGUAUUCGCAUUUAUCUGGCUACAUCGGGGACACUUUCUUUGCCUAUAUGCCAUCUCGUGACAUGGACCUGAGGCGUCACAAUGUUUGGAAGAGUUCGGAUUACCGUGACAUGGUUGAAACUCGAGUAAGAUUACGACACCAGAAGUAAGUCAGCAGUUGUCUGCCAUUGCAGUGUCGAGUAUCUAUUUCUUAAAAUAGAUACUGGACACUGCAGUCGCAGACAAUUAGUUAACGAUUCAAGUGGUCUGAUCUUAAUGCCAGUGCCAAUGAGAGUUCUUUGGUCCUGCAAUGGGAUUGUGAACGUGCCAUAUUCAAAGUAAAAGAAAUGUCAAAUUGGCAGUGGCGUUCAAACUACUAUCAAAGUUGGUUAAAGUUGAAUGAAAUUUCCCAAUUUGGCUUUCUGGCUUUCGAAAUUGCAAUAUUUUGGUCAAGAAUAACACUCGUAACGACCCAGAAAAAAUAAGUCGAAAAGGACGUCUGUCAAUGGAAUCCACAAAGAAAAUAUCCUGAGUUAGAGUCAUUUGGAGAGGUGAAAUUGAAAUAUGCAAUAGGCAGUCAAAGAAUGUAGAAUUUGUAAAAUGAUAAAUGCUUCUUAGUGAAAACAUAUUAUAUAGUAAUUUUUCUAAAAAUAAA